AUGACGUCGGCGACGGGGGGUGACGCGAGCGUGCGAGAGGAGCUGGAGGUGGAGUUGCGGCUGCGAGGGAAGAUUUAUCGGGCGGAGAAGGAAUUGGAUGCGAAGAAGGAGGAGAUUCGCGAGCUGGGCGACGCGAGCAAGACGAACAUCGACGCCGAGGCGGGGGUGGCGAAGGAUCGGAAUUCGUUAGAGCUUGGGAUGAUCGCGGGUGAGCUCGAUGCGGAGUUGGCGGCGUUGGCGGACGAGGCGCAGGCGGCGAGGGAGAGGAACGCGCGAGUGAAGCGAGAAAUUGAAGACCUGGCGGAGGAGUUGUUAGGGCGCGGUAGGGGAACGCGAAGACGCGAGGACGCGCCCGCGCCGGGAUCGCUGGCGGAUAUGAAGGCGCGAGCGGCGGAGGCGGAGGCGGAGGCGGUGGAUAAGAGGAUGCAGGCGACGCUUGAGGAGACGCAGCGCGCGACGACGUACACCAUGGUUUUGCUUUUGUUAUCCUUCUUGGGAUUCACGCUCUUGGCGGAGGGGGCGUACGAUAAGUUCUGCGCCGUUCUUGCCGCGCUCGCGCUCGUCGCGUAUCAAUCCAGGGCGGAACUUCAGGCGAAGAGCAAGGGAAAGUGA